UCUGAUGUUGGAGAACUGUCACAAUACCUUUCCAUGUAUGUGUUAAGUAAACAUGGUUACCAUCUGGUAUCGGAUGAAUGGAUUUUACUAACGAACUGAACAUCAAGAUCUCGAAUCCUCUAUGGUAGCUUUGAAAUUAACUUAAACUGCGUGCGAUGAACAGUUUAUUUACAUCUAGAUAGAGAAAUAGUAUUUUCAUUUCCAUGGAACAUAUCUGACAUUGUAUUCUUACAGAGAGAAAACCAUGGAUGGCUAUAAUAGCAGUGCUGCCAAUGUAACGUCCUCAAGCGAUGAACAAGUAUCGUUUGCAAUCUCAGUUUUUUUCGUGUUUCUGCCUGGCUGUGUGUUUAAUAGCAUUGCCAUUUUUAUCAUUGCGAAGGAUGUGAAAACAUUGCAUUCGCCGACAAAUACGUUGCUAUUUCUGUUAAUUUUAUUCGACUUUUUAGCUUUAAUUUCUUCAUAUCUAUGGUUAGUUAUCGACACCAACUUCGAGCCUAUUCCAUGCCGAAUCAAAAUUAUUACUAAUCCGCUUUUUCUACUGUUUACUGGUUUACUCAGCCUAAUCCUUGCAGUUGACAGAUAUAUUGCGCUCAACUUUGUAUUCUUUUAUCGGGAGAAUGUAACAUCGAAGAUCUGGCUGUAUGUGUCACUUGGCGCCCUGCUUUUCUGCUUAUUUAUUGGGUCGCUACCUCUUAUGGGAUUGGGAACAGUAGGGAACUAUUCCCCCAUAUCCAAACAAUAUACAUGUUCCAGUUUUGCCUACGAACCCGAGCCUUUGAAGAAAGUUUAUGGUAUAACACAACCAUCUCUCGGACUUGUUUUGACAGUGUGCAUUGUUGUCCUCAAUACGUUGACAAUAAGAACUGUCCUUAAGAUGAAACAAAGGAUUCGUGAUCAAGAGAUUCAUAUUGGCCAGGAGAACCUGCCUUCCCAUGAAAUACUCUUCGCUAAUUUGGUUACUGUAAUGACACUGGGAUCCAUAGUAUGUUGGGCACCAUUUCAUUUGGUCAACAUUUUACAAACCGCUGGACGAAAACCACCAGAAGGAUUGAUAGCUUUUAUGCAUUCGGUAGCCGGCUUGAGUUUCUCUCUUGACCCUUUGUUAUAUGUGUGGAUCAGAAAAUCCGUCAGGAAGAAGCUUGUCACUGUCUUUCGUAAUUGUAACAGAUGCAAGAGUUCUUCUAACCGCUCUACUAUAGUCACAUGACCACGGCCAUUUAUACGUGUACUAAUGAUGAAUGAUGACAGCACUAUUCCUGUCCGGAUGCAUGUGACAGGACAUUUUGACAGCGAAAAACUUCAGCUCUAGGGAAUGGCCAAUUUGUAUAUAUACAUGUAUACCAAUACAUAUAUUCCUUAAGGGAGUUUCCAAUACAUACAGAGAGCUUGUGUGUUUCAACUUAUUUUACCUUACAGAGAUUUGGUUUGGUUUAUUAUUGUUUAACGUCCUAUCAACAGGUCAUUUAGGACGGCCUCACGUGCAUGUGCGUGUGGCGAGUGCGUGUGUUUUGGGAGGCUGCGGUAGAGAGGCUAGUUGUAUGGUUUACUUUUUUUAUCAUGUUAUAUAAUUCUUACAUUAUAAAAGUACUAUCAUUCCUACUCCAAAGAGAGAGAGAGAGAGAGAGAGAGAGAGAGAGAGAGAGAGAGAGAGAGAGAGAGAGAGAGAGAGAGAAGAAAA